UCGGAUGCAGACGUAGAGCGGUGCGUCGACUCGCCCCCACACAAGAUCUCGAUGAACCACCCGAUGCUCGCUGUCCACCGGUCCUUUCCUCUCGCGUGGGCGUUGUCAGCGUCAACGCUCGUCGCGGCGCUGCUUCUUGUCGUGGUCCUGCGCAUGCCCGUGGGCGUCCCGUCGACGCGGGUCGGCAAGGUCAAUAUCGGGGUCUCGGUCUCGCCGGAGGACUACACGUUGCUGUGGGGCUGGGUCGUGUUCAGCUGGGUGUGCCCCUAGAUCAGACGCGGCUCGCACUCGACUUUGGACUUCAAAGAUGUGUGGGAGCUCAGCGCGACCCAUGUGUUGCGGGCGGUGUUCUCAACGUUCCAGCAGACAUCUGCCAUGCCCCUGUUGAUGAAAAUCGCUCACCACCGCGCUCGAUCUCACGAUCAAGUUUCUUGGGACGCUGGUUUGCAUUGCCUUGUAUUUACCAAACCCGUAGUUCCUCAAAUGUCUGCUCGACUACUGGACCAACCGCACCUGACUCGGUCGACCGGUCGCUUGCGUAUAUCUACGCGGAGGCCAUCUUUGGGCUGGG